AUCACAUCACAAGGUGGGGAAAUCCAUCUAAACGUGUUUGAUGAGCUGCAUUAGCACAGCAACGUUAAAACGACGACGACAAACACGUCAACUAACAGGGAAACUAAAGUAUAAAAACCCAUUCGAAUGACCCGCUUUACCUCACAUUGUUUAUCUCUUCGGUAGACGAUCAUUCUUCAAUUUCCCAGUCAAUCCGAAAAUGAGUCCAAUCGCUUUAACGAAAAAUCUUGGAUCUGACAUGCUCCUCGUCGCAUUUGCAUUGUGCAUUCUGAUUGACAUCAAUCCAGGUGUUGAAGCAAAAAGCUUCGCAGCAGGUGCUGGACGUUUUCCUUGCGAGGUUGGCUGCCAGGAAAUUUAUGAACCCCUCUGCGGCACUGACGGCAAGACGUAUGAAAACAAGUGCACCUUGUUCGUAGAAAACAAUUGCGAUGACACUUCUCCCAACAGAAUCCGUAAGGCGUACGACGGUGAAUGCAAAGCGAAUGCAGGCUACCCCGAUCGUGAAACUUGCAUCAAGGAAGCCCUGAAGGACUGUAUUGGUCUUCAAGUGAUAAUUUGUGGAACAGACGGAAACGUCUACCGCAACACGUGCGAACUGAUGGCUAAAAACAAGUGUGAUGGCACUUCGGUCGGAGAAGCACCUUCCUCCCACUGCCAGCAAUGACAAAAAUCCCUUUUUUAUUUAUGGUUCUAUUAAUUCGACCUUACCAAGCGAUGCUGGAUAUCACAACAUGUCAAUUGUAUCCUCAUAAAAUUUUCAGUUAAAGGCAUUUCACUUUUGCUGUAGCUUUUAUUAGAUUUGAAUGCAUAAAAUAAUGGAGAUGGGACAGUUGGUCUUGUUGUUCUUUCCCCAUCCUGUGUCCUUCGUUGCGCAAUCAAAGUGACUGACAACGCCCAUUUAAAAAAAAAACCUGUUUCCUCAUCGGUGUCGCUAUGAGCCUUAUCAAUCCCAGCAGAGGGAUGACGAGCGCAUAAUGAUGAAACUCGACUGGAAAGUGUCUCGUCUCACACAUCCCCUUUAGCUAUUGACAGACUAGCGCUCUUCUCCUCCCAAACCAGUCGACACUUUCAAGCUACCGCCAAAAGUUGUUAAGCUAAAAAUGUCACACAUUUCGGCCGUGUUUCUCGUCGUCUUGACACUGAACUUGUUUAUUAACGAACCAGCUGGCGUUUAUGGAGCACCAAGUUGUAAUGUCUUUUGCACGUUCGAGUACAACCCCAUUUGUGGAACGGACGGCCAAACUUAUUCGAACCCGUGCUCGUUGAAUGCCAAAAACCAGUGUGAUGGAACGGCGAUAAGCAAAGCUUACAACGGACGCUGCACAACGGACGCUACUACUCCGACUUGCACGGCUGAUGAUGAAACCCCAGUGGUGUGUGGUUGUCCUUGCGCCAUUCGUUGUUCAAACGAGUACAACCCUCUAUGUGGAAACGAUGGGAAAACCUACAGGAACCCGUGCCAACUGGCUGUCGCCAACUCUUGCGUCGAGAAUCCCGUUCGCAAGUGUUACGACGGCGAAUGCAGACAUCCGAAAAUGUUCAAAUUCGUCUCAGUUAAAUGCCAAACUUCUAUCGUGUCCCUUGGCGCUUUGGUGAUGAUGGUGAGCCUUUUCUGUGGCCAACUGGGCGUCUACGGAGAAACCGAUGCCAGUCUCGAUGAAGGUGAGAUUGCGAAUCUCGAAGAAGAUGAGAAUGCGAAGAUUGCGGUUCCCUGCCAAAUAUUUUGCUCGCAGGAGCCUUUGCCAGUGUGUGGAUCAGAUGGCAUUACGUACCUCAACAUUUGCCAUCUGGACGCUCAUAACGAGUGCCGUGGUACACGCAUCGAAAAGGCCCACGAUGGUGAAUGUCCUCCUCAUGAGCACUGCGUCCCCGAUCACAAUCCAAUCAUGUGCCACUGCAAUGACGGCCACGUCGUAUGUCGACCUCGUAUUCGUUGUAACAAUGUUUUCAAGCCCGUCUGCGGAUCCGAUGGGAAAACUUACCGAAACGCAUGUCAAUUAGCUGUUGCAAACGCUUGUUUUAAUCCUGACGUCCGUGUUUGUCAUCAAGGCCCAUGCCAUUUUGGACUUCCAUAG